UCGCCACCUUCCUUCUGUCUUCCUCAGCUGCUGCUGCGUCUUCCUGCUCGCUCUUCGACCGAGUGGGAGAAGAACCUGCGCAUCCUUUUGCAAUAUGGCUGAACGCGUGGACGAGGGCGGUGUCCUGCUACUCCUAAGAUCGAGCACGCCCCCCUUGCUUCUGGACUCAUGUCGUACCGCGUGUCAGCCGGCUCACGAGGGGGGCCUGGGCUUGCCAACCUUGCCAUCCACAACACCCAGCUCAACGUUAUCAUCAUCACAAAUAUUCCUGCACAAACGAUGUACGAGCGUCACGAUUGCAUCGACCGGGUCUUGCAAGAAGCACGAAUGCAGCGACAAUGACAGCGACAUAGUGGAUGAGCAAGGGCGCGAGCUACUUGCAUACGCCAGCAGCAGCUCGGCCUCCACAUCCUCAGGGCAAUGCGUGACGGCAAAGGCACAAUUACCCAAAAAGGGAAACAGUAUCAAAAGGAAAAGCCGAGGCUAUCGAAGAUCGCGAAUAGUCGGUAGCGGCGAAGUCGCGGCCGUUCUCACAGCGCCGGAUGGCUUUUGGCUCAGAGCCGCCGCGAAUGACAGCCGCAGAAACAUCUGGGGCACCUGCAGCGACUCCCCAUAUCACGCAUCGACUUCAACAGCCGGAGCCAGGGCAAAGCCCGCAGCAGGGCCAGUCAUGUACACAGGAGCCAGCAACGGCUAUGGCGGCUCUGGGUUUGGAAGUGGUGGCGCUGGCGGCUCAGGGCUCGGCAGCGAUGCUGACUUUCGGGUGUCGCCCUUCGCCGGGGGCGCAGGUGGAGAUGAUGGUGUACCAAACGGAAGAAGCGGUGGCGCAGAAGAUGCCAGGGGUGGAGGUGGGGGGGGAGGUGGAGGUGAUGGUGGGGCCAACGACGUAGCGAGCAAGGAGAAAGCCAGGAAGGCCAAUCCUCUCGUCGAUCUCAUAGAAACGGAGACUGCAUAUGUCGCAGAGCUAGGGAUGAUUAUUAAAAAAGUCGCAUCUGCCUGGAGCAAGAGUAAUUUCCCUCCGGCAGAGCUGGACACCAUGUUCCGUAACGUCGAGGCGGUAUAUCGCAUCAAUCGAUCGUUUCUUAAGUCGCUAAAGGAGAUUGGACCGAACCCAUCUUCGCCCAAGGCGCUAGGAGACCUACUCAUGCGAUGGGUUGACGACCUCGACGCUCCAUACUCACGUUACUGCGACAACUUCUUCUCCGACUUUGACAACUGGGCCGCUGUGCAAAGCAACAACAAGCUCAACGUCCUGCUUGACGAAAUUUCGCUUCCGCCCGCGAACGGGUCCAUGCCGGUCUACUCAGACAAGCGCCGUGUGCAGGAGGACGGCUGGACGCUGGAUGGGCUCUUUGCGCUGCCGCAGAUCAGGCUGAAGUACUACAAGAAGCUGUAUGCGCGCUUACUUAAGAGCACACAGCCUGGCCGCAGCGAUCACAAGCUGCUCGUUGCAGCCAACGGAAAACUAGAUGAGCUGCUCGAAAAAUCAAAGCGAAGUGUUGUCGUCAGCAUCCUGCACGAUCCGUUUGUGCAGACGUCGUCCGAAGCAAGAGUGUCGCAGAGCAGCCUCUCAGCUGACACUUCCUUGACAGGAACAGCAGACGUUUCUGGUGAUAGGAACGGUUCGGCCACUUCUCAUUCAAUGACCAUGAGCGAACCGCAGAGCCCUUUCAAGCCGCCACCAGCAAAUAUGCCACAAGUGUGGGAAAAGAUGCCGGCGCCAAUCAACACGAACACCGGUUCCCGCGCACCUUCGCCUUACUCUGCGCCAGUCAACAACAGCAACCAAGGCAGCGAGGCGCCGCGUCUACCGGACAGCAUCCGCAGCACCAGCCCGCUCACGAUCUCGCUCUCCUCCGUCUCGUCGAUUAGCAUGGAUUCGGCGGCCGAACAGGCCAUGCGGCUGCAGACGCAGCUGGACACCAGCCGGACGCUGGACAUCUUCACCAUGACGCCGAAAGCGUGCCAGCUGCAAAUUGUCCGGCCUGAUUUGCCGUUCAAGCGCGAGCUGAGGCGCGAUGCGGAUGUUGUCAUCCAUUUCACGCCAAGGGCUACCGGCAAGGAGAUGGUGGUCAGGAGGGCGCAUAUCUUCCUGCUCACCGACUUGUUCUUGGUCUCGGAGCGGAUGAUGCCGAGCGAAAAGGCUUCCAGGCCUGGUCCCGCUGAAUUUUGGCUGCUCUUCCCGCCGCUGGCCGCUAAGCACCUGAAGAUCACAGAUGAAGGAGGACCGGGCAACGUCCUUUCGGUGCUCGUCAUGAAGAAGGAAAUGCUGAUCCUACAUUUCGAUUCGGCUGCCUCCAAAGAGCAAUGGAUCACCGCUUUUGAUGCGUGCCAGCAAUUUGCCAAUAGCAUGGCGCCACCAGCAAAGAAACAGGCCUCGGUCCCUGCGCCUGCUCCCAUGCUGCAAUCGCCGGCUCGUUCGGACUUCAGCGGCGGCUUGCCUUCGCCGAACCUCCCUCCCUUUUCGCCGCUGGUUACAAGCAGCACAAUGUCACACAGCUCAAGUGUCAUGUCACCCACCACGGCAGUCACGCCCACCAAUGGCUUGGAUGGUCGAACGGCGUCGGUUGUAUCAGCCGACUCUGCACGGGGGUCCGCUGGCGCUACUUUGACGCGCGAGGGAUCGUUCAACUCUGUCGCGUCGUUUCCCAAGGCACCUGCACCCGGCGCCGGUGCAUCGCCAGUCAACGGGCCGAUGAUGAUGAUGGGAGGAGGACAAGGUGCGCCGCUACCCCCACGACCCGGUCAAUUCCACAUGCAAAGCCCUCAGGGCUUCUCACCCGGAUACAGGCCCGGCUUCCAAAAUGGGCCGCCGCCAGGUGGGCGUCCGCCGUCGGAUGGCUCGCCGACGAACAGCGUCCAGUUUAUGGGUGGCCGUCCACCUUUCCGUCCUCCUGGGGCAAAUGGCAGUCCUCCGUAUGGACCAGUCCGGCCUGGGCAGCUUAUGCAGAACGGUACAAGUUCUCCUUACGGGCCUGUAUGGCCCGGGCAGAUGAACAACAGGCCGCCAUCUGGACCAGGCGGCAUCGGAUUCCCGCCUCAAAACCAAGGUCGCGGUAGUCCUGGAAAUCAGCAGCAGGGCCUCCACCCUACGACUGGUCCAGGUCCGCGUGGGCAGCCGAACAUGCGCUCGCCAUCUGUGCCUGACCUUCGAGGCCAACGGCAACGGGACAUGCCGAAUGGACGCCCGAUGCAGCCGCGCGCGCGCUCGGCUUCUCAGGAGGGACCGCAGGGACCGCCGAAGCUGCCUUCACAGAUGAUGAAGGAUGGCAGUGCCAAUCAGGAGGAGAAGUACAGUCCGCCGCCGAGUCCGAAGUUGCAGAGGCAGCAGCCACAGACAUCGACUGUGUCUGCGCAGAUGCGCUGCAAGACCUUCCUCAAGCAGAACCACGCGCAAUGGAAGUCGCUUGGUCAUGCAAGGCUCAAGCUAUACGACCUUAUGCCAUCGUGCGACAAGCAGCUGGUUGUUGAGAACGACAAAAAGACGCUCAUCUCGACGAUCGUCAUGCCUGACGGCGUCGAGCGCGUCGGCAAGGUCGGUGUCGCUGUUGAACUCUCUGACCGAGGGGCGAGAACGGGAAUCAUUUACAUGCUUCAGCUGAGAAGCGAGGAAUCCGCUGUCGGCCUCUUCGGGCAGCUCCUAGAAGGCUCCGACCGCACCGCUGCAGCGUACACAAGCACGAAUCAAACGUCCUGAUGCGAGAGAGCGAAACGAAGAGAGGGACAGGAGUUUGAGACGAAACAUUGGCGACCAUCACAACUAUUAUUCGUUGCAAUACUGCUAUCACUACUACUCUUCAGGAAUACAGCCAAACCAGUCAUGCGAGUCGCUUGGGGAAACAAAGAAGGAAAUGCGCGCACCACCCUCGC